AUGAUCAGGACUUCUUCCAUAUUUUGCUUCAGAAAUGCACUGAGGCUCUGCAAGCCGAACAAUAUGGUAACGGGCGUAAGAGCGAUGCCAAGAUCAACACUUCUAACCAAUUUUACGGGGAGGGCAUCUUUCAGCUCUUCAAGAAUAUCAUACCACGGUGAUCUACAUAGGCCUAGACCCGGGGAGGAAUUGCAUGUUACGUUCAUUCUAAAAGAUGGAACGCAAAAGAAGUAUGAGGUUUGCGAAGGCGACACAUUAUUGGAUAUAGCCCAGGGACACAACCUGGACAUGGAAGGCGCCUGCGGAGGCUCAUGUGCAUGCUCUACCUGUCAUGUUAUUGUGGAUCCGGAGUACUACGAUGCACUACCAGAGCCCGACGACGACGAGAACGAUAUGCUGGAUUUGGCCUACGGGCUGACGGAAACCAGUAGACUCGGAUGCCAAAUCAAGAUGACAAAGGACAUUGACGGUAUCAGAGUGGCAUUACCGGCGAUGACCAGAAAUGUCAAGUCCAAUGACUUCAACUAA